AUGGGGUAUUUCGCGCUGAAUGAUAUGCAAUUCUUAGGGAUUUCUCCAAAUUUGGUAACUUUCACCUGUUUGAUCGAUGGUUGCUGUAAGAACAAUCGUUUGGAUAUGGCACUGGAGUUGUAUGAUCGUAUGACAAGUCUUUCCGUGCCACCAAAUGUAUUUACUUUCAAUGCACUUGUUGAUGCUCUCUGUAAGAAGGGGAUGCUGGAGAGAGCGACAGAGAUGUUUGAAAAGAUGCACAAGAUCGGGGUGCUGGCAAAUGUGGUGGUUUACACUUCCUUGAUAGAUGGGUACUUAAAGAAAGGAGAUUUUGACACGGCAGUGAGAUAUUUGAAUAGAAUGUAUGACAGGGGAAUCUGUCUCAAUGUGAAGGGAUAUGGGGUGGUUCUUUGGGGACUUUGCAAUAACGUCAGUUGGGAUGUGAAGAAGAGCUUGGACUUGCAUAAAGAAAUGCUCAUUAAUGGUUUUGAGCCUGAUGUGGUCACUACUUCGGCAGCAAUUGAUGGGCUUUGCAAGCAUGGGCUAUUGCAGGAGGCAAAUGAAUAUCUUGUGAAAGCAAAAGAAGCUAAUGAGAUUACCUAUACCACACUUGUCGAUGGGCUGUGCAAGCAAGGGAAUAUAAAUGAUGCUGAUAAGGUUUUUAUGGAUAUGCCAAAAGCUGGUCUAGCUCUAGAUAAGUUUAGCUACACUUCAAAAAGUGCUGGCCACUGUAGAGAAGGGAAUAUAGUGGAGGCAUUGAGACUUAAAAGAUUGAUGCUUCAAAAGGGUAUUUAUCCUGAUCUGCUUACUUUCAGCUCACUUAUAUGGGGUUUGGCAACUAAAGGGUUUAUGAUUGAGGCAAAGCAGGUUUUUGAUGAUAUGCUAAGCAGAGGGAUUGCUCCAGAUGCUGUGGUGUAUGAUAUUUUGAUCAGAGGUUACCUCAUGCAGAAUGAUAUUUCGGCUGCCUCAAAUUUGGAAGAAGAUAUGAAAAAGAGGGGUCUUAUUACUGAGGAUACACCACUAAUGAGUAGUGCAUAUUCAUCCACAUAG